AGAUGGAUGGGGGGCAAAACAAAGUUUGUGCAAAGUAGCAGAACCGCAGAGAGAGAGAGAGAAACCCUGUCAAGUGAUUGCGCUCUCCAUGGAGAUCCGAGGACCAAUGAGAGGGGCAGAAGCUGUUUAUAGGGGCGGAGCGUCUCCAUAGCAUCCAGAGAAGCCUUUCGGAGCAGCUACUUAUUGACAGUCAUUCUGUUGCUUACAAAUCACAGCGGCUCCGGAAUAAAAGGGCUCUGGCAGCGAGGGGCGUAAUAAUUCAUCCAACGGGAGAGCAGUAGAAAUCUACCCUAUUUCCCUACCCGGCCCCCACCGCCACACACUUCACCCCACUGAAUAUUCGGCGCUUAGUAGUAAACACUUGGCGGUAGUGGGAUUCCUUCGUAGGAACAGGAUUGUCACCCCCCCCUGCCCUUCCCCCUUCUUCCCCCUUCCUGCUCUCCCACAAUUCCUGAAUGUUGGACUUGCCUAUUUUGGCUUCCCCUGACAUGACUGACAGCUGGCUGAACGUGCAGUCUGAAGAAGAGAAAGGCCAGGAAAGCAGCAUGGCAGAUUCGAGCAACCUGGACGACAGCUUGACCAGCCUACAGUGGCUUCAAGAAUUCUCCAUCAUCAACGCCAACAUGGGCAAGGCAAGCUCUUCCCCUUGCAGCACAGAUCCUCACGGCUAUCACAAGAUCCCUGGCUCUGCUGCACCGUGUUCCCCUCUAGCUGGUGACCCGGCUUGCAUGGGGAUGCCCCAUACCCCUGGCAAGCCAAUCUCCUCUUCCACAUCCAGGACUGCACACCUGCAAGGCCAGCCAUUGGAAGACAUAGAUUACAAGACUAAUCCCCAUGUAAAGCCUCCUUACUCCUAUGCCACGCUCAUCUGCAUGGCGAUGGAAGCGAGCAAGAAAACCAAAAUCACCCUCUCAGACAUCUAUAAAUGGAUUACAGAUAAUUUCUGCUAUUUCCGCCAUGCAGACCCCACAUGGCAGAACUCCAUUAGGCACAACCUGUCCUUGAACAAGUGCUUCAUCAAGGUGCCACGAGAGAAGGACGAACCAGGGAAAGGUGGAUUCUGGAAGAUCGACCCCCAGUAUGCAGACAGGCUGAUGAACGGAGCGUUCAAGAAGCGCAGGAUGCCCCCUGUGCAAAUCCACCCAGCUUUCACCGGAAGAUUCCAGCAGGAUGCUGGCUCCAGUUCAUUGGCUCACCAGGCGGCGGCAUCUUGGAAAAACAACAGCAUCCUGAAAAUCAACAUGGAGUCUCAGCAGCUGCUCAAAGAGUUUGAAGAAGCCACCGGCGACCAGAACUGGAACCCGGCAGAUGGGAAAAUGAGCCAUAAACGCAAGCAGCCACUCCCCAAGCGAAUGUGCAAGACAGCCCGCCUCUCCAGCUCCCCCCUGCUUACUCAGGAAGAGCAGACAGAGCUUGGGUCUCUGAAAGGUGACUUUGACUGGGAAGCUAUCUUCGACACCACCUUAAAUGGUGACUUCUCCACCUUCGAGGAUCUGGAGAUCACUCCUCCUAUCAGCCCAAUAACCAGGGAUGUAGACUUGACUGUGCAUGGAAGACAUAUUGAGUGCCCACAGGAGUGGUGCCCUGCCGGCCAGGAUUACAUCCUAACCGAAUCCAACCAGAACAGCUUGGACUUUGACGAGACCUUCAUUGCCACUUCUUUCCUCCAGCAUCCCUGGGAUGAAGGGAGAAACGAUUACCUCUCGAGUUCUGUCAACAUAGACCCGCUCUUUGAACUCAACGAUCCUUCAUUGCAGACGGAAAUGAAUGACUGGAGCAAUGCUGGGUGUCUUUAAUGAGUGACAAGAGCCCUGGCUGGAAGGCUCAAGAUCAUCCCAGGUUGACCUGCUGUAUGAACAAGAUUGGCCCAGUGCUGCAGGACUUUACACUAACAGUAGAAUCCUCUAGCAAACAAGACAUCUUCAUUCUUGGGACCACGUGGAUCACAGAGGUGUCGGGGGUGGGGAGGGAAAGAUCUGGAGAAUUUGGCAGGAUGUAUCUGAAAGCAACACACGGGGAACUCUGUACCCCAAAAGACAACAAAAUAAUAAUAAUACAGUACUUAUUUUUGUGUUCUUUUAAAGAAAUAUGGAAUUUUUCUACUUCGGGGGUGGAGGGAAUUGAAAAGGGCAUAUCUUCCUUGCAGGGGAGGGCAUGACAUUUGAAUAUAAUGGAAUAGGAUGGAAGAGCUGGCCUUUUCUGGUUACUAAGAACAUGUUAGAUCUGUGAUUUCUGUAAUUUCCUCUUCCUUCUUUUGUCCAUUUGCUUCUCCCUCCAUCCCUCUCUUUCAUGUGAGUGUGUUUGCAUUGUUUCUACCCAGGGAAAAUUUCUUAUAGGUAAAACAUGGGACAAUUAAGUAGCAGGCAAAUACAAUUCCCAUCUGUAUUCUAGGAAUUUCAGCCACCAGUCUAUCUAGGACUAGUUUAGAUGUCGACAUCUGUAUUUUCAGAAAUGAAUCAACAAGGCAAGAUCUUUCAGGCUUAUAAAAUAGAGAGCCUACUAUAUAUCUAUAUAUCUAUUACAAAACCUAUAUUUUUAGCUACAGGGCACAAUCAGUAGAGUAUUUACAGCGGGGGUGGGGAAUGAGGAUUGUUUGUAAUAAUGUUAAUUAAGAUUGAAGUGUAUCAAGCAUUUGUUAUACAGAGGGGAAAUGUAAUAAAAUAUGCAAGUGGGAAUUCCUGCCAGUAGAGGAUUUUUAAAAAUCCACAAAUGGGGACCUGGCAUUCUCUAGACGGUCCUUUUUACUUAUUUUUGUAUCUUAAAUUCUUUACAUUUUUGCAAUCUUGACUGUGUAUACUGUAAAGCCUAGACAUUUGAAGUCAUGGCAGGCAGGCCCUCUAAAGUCUCGAACAACUAACAAAGUGCCGUACCCUUUCCUAGCCGGAAGCUAUGAAGGAAUCUGUGUGAUUGAAAGACAGACUCUGACAAAUCAGUUGCCAACACAACUGAUCAGUAAUGAAGGGGUAUUAUUUUCCUCUCCUUUUGGCCAAGCGAUCCCGGGUGGGUACUUCUAAAAUAUUCCUCUGCUUUCGUUAAUGUCUCCGUAUAUUUGAGUCUCUAGCCAGAGAGAGCUUAAAACAAAACUCCGAAUGGGCAUGUUAAUCAGUGGCUCUAGACUCAUGGUAGGUACACACUGUGUGAUAAUUUGUAUUCAGUGCUGGAUGAAAGUGCACUUUUGAGGUGCCGUACAUACCGACAACAUCCCGCUACAUAUUUUUAAAAUGCACAUUUUUUUCAAGGUGAGGAACUACACAUGUGCAAGUGCGGUGAGGUGUUGGACCAUUUAUUCCAGCGCUUAGGGGGUGUGACUAGACUACAUGAAUGGAGGGGAGUAGAGAACAUCGCUGUUCACUGCUUCUUAAACCUCCUACCUGUAUGUACAGAUAGCACAGAGACUAACUCCCGCUUUAGGCAACGUUGCUGUGCAAAGCUAUGUACAAUGGCAAAGUGCUAUGUACAAAAGCACUCUGUGGAAUAACAAGCCCUGUGUAUUUCAAACUGUACGUGUGCCCAUAGCCUUAAGUGGAUGGUUACAGGCCAAAGGCGGUAUAUGCAGUAGAAACUGCAAAUGAAAGCUUCCCCCUGCCUUCUUAUUUAGCUUCCAUCCUAGAACUGAAGUUGCCACCCAGCUAGGUGUUUAGCCCACAGCUAAUGUUAAGCCAAUAGUCAUCUUAAGCUUUAUGUGCAUUCAAGUAAACUCUACUGUCUGCAUUUAGCAGACACAGAAACAAACAGAACGUUCAUCAAGCAAACGUCAAACCUUUUUUUAUUUACUUCUCUGCACCUUCCUGAAUAAUGUACACCCACGUGCAUUAUGUUUUGAAAUGUUAAUGUUUCCAUCCCCUUAAUCAGUCUGCCCCAAUGAUUUUUAAGUGGGGGAAAGGCUACAACCUGGGGAGAAAAGUGCAGGCUUUCUGUUUCUGUGUGACAAAUAUGAUGAACUGCGAUAAAUGCCUCUUUAGAACUGCAUCUGUUCACAUCAGAGUAUUCUGCCCGCCCACCAGUUUAUUUUAACAAAAGAGCUAGACUUCCAGGGACAAUAAUUUGACACCUAGAGAUGGCUGCUUCCCAUGCUACGUUCUCUUUGUUCACAGUUAAAAAAAACAUAACCCGCAUCAUGGACACAGAUGAAUCCGCAGAGAAUCCAAGCACAGCUCUUUGCUUUCUGCCCCCAAUAUUAGUCCUGUGCUCACAUUAGUGUGCAAGGAGAGAUGCGGCAAUGAAGCAUUGUUAUUUCCUAGCACUUUUAGUAUUCAGUGUGCUUUACAAUCAUCCUCACACCAUCCCUCAAAGGUAGGCCACUGAAUCUCUCUUUAGGCAGAAGACUGAAGGCCAUUCCAAAUGGCAUGGGGUGUUUUUAUGUGCAGUAAAUGUGCAUUUGGUUCUGAGUUGCUGCACACUUUCUAUACACAUCGGCUGCACAUUAUAUUUUCCAAGCACUUGACCCAAAUUUAUUUUUUUAUCUUGGGAUAUGCAGAGUGCACACAGUCUAGAAAGGGCAACCUGUGGACUACACAUCCAACCUCCGAUACAAUUUUUUUGUGUAAUCAAGAGUUUAUGAGUUCUGGGCAGCACCAAGGUAGUCCCAUAUUUGGGAUAGGGAUAGACACCAUUUAUUCCUUGAAGCGUCUGCAGGAAUGUAGGACAUAAAUUCCCAGAUAAAAUAAACUGCCCCCAAGCAUGGACAGCUUACACCCUGCCAAGUACUAGACUCCUAAAGGGUAACAGAGCCACACCUCCUGGGUAGUAAAAAUGUUCUGCCUUGUGACAUUCACAGAUGAACUGCCACCACCUGCCUAGUCUUCAUUACUUGGGUGAUAAAGCACAUGGCCCCCCAAACUGGCCAUCUCUAGUCUAAAAUAUAUUGCCUCCAAAGGUCAAUGUAAGAAGACUACGCUGGAGGUACACACACACACCUGGAAAAGUCACAGGCAUAUGAGUACCUGAAAAAGCAAAGUAAUGGAAGGCAAAGUAUGUUCAUAUUCUGGGACCAGCUGGUAUUAAUAUUGCUAAUAAAAAUCAACAGAGCUUCCUGGAGCUGAGCAGGAUUCAGCCCUCUAUUUGAUUUGUAGUGGGAGUGUAGAAGAGUACUGUAUCUGGGAACCAUAUGGAUCACCUAAAUAUAAUGGGGGAAGAGGGGAACUACUGACAUGGAACUGAAAUAUGAGCAAUUCAGAUUCUAAUCCACUCCUUUGCUGUUGGAAAUGUUAUUAAUUUACAGUGAGUUAAAAUACUAGAUUUUCUUUGGAGUGUGUUUAGAUUAAUGAAAAAUAGCAAGCUAGGAACUGUUGCUGUUGGAAACAAUAUUAGAAACCUUAAUCAUGUCCGUAGAUAUGUGUACAUGUCUCUCUCUCUCUCUCUCUCCUUAUUGCUUGUUUAUUGAAAAAUAAAAAUUAGUUUGGGUAA